AUGAUCUCCGUCCCAGACAGCGCCAAGCGCUGGGCUCUCCAGCCCACCCCGCUCCCAGAGGUCGAGGACGACGAGGCCGACGAGGCCGACGACAUCAGUAUCCUCGGUAACGGUAGCGAGUGGGACGACGACUGGUCCCCCGACGCGUACACCAAGCCGUCAACGACAGAGGACAACCACUCCAGCAACUCUCCCUUAGCCCCGUACCUUCCCCGCCUUCCGGCCACCUCCCAACGUUCCACCGUUUCUGCGGGCUCCACCUCAACCUUCCCUUCCUCGAGCAGCUCGCGCGCCGUCUCUUCCUCGACUGCAACCAGCACCAUACUGUGCACCCCUCCCUCCCCUCACAAGAGUUUGACAGGCUUCCCGGCCCUCCUCGAGAAGUAUUCGUACGCGGGAAAGGUUAGCAGCGGCAAGGCCGUCGCCCCAAUGUCCAACUCGUCCACAUCCGUCACCACCCGUCGCACCGAGGCAAAGUCCCUGCAGCACCUCCUCGCCCUGUUCAGUAGAGGCGUCACUCACAUCCCCGCCCACGAGAUCCGCACCCAGACGAAGAAGACUAUCCUCAGCGGCACCUACAUCGAGUCAAUCUUAUACGGCGACCGUCUCGUCCUCAAUGCUGGAGAGGCCGCUCUGAGCGCUGGAGGCGGCCGUCCAGCGAGUGCCACACGUGCCAUUGCCGCCUGCCCAGCCCGCUACGGUGCAACCAACUCCCUGCCGGCGGCAAUGGCACUGGCUCACGCCCACUGUACCAUGCACGACGUCUUCGCGUGCGACGCUCGCCUCGCACCCGCUGACGAUUACUACGACAUCCUCCGGGGAUUCCUGACUGCACUAACGGACUGGCCGGCCGUUGCCACUCGAACCGAUAAGCCGCUAGACAGUGACGUCCUCAAGAUACUAGACCUCCCUCCGUUCGAGCAUGGCGGUGGCUUCUCCUUGGGUCUUCGCAGUGAGGCGUUCGAGGUUUCGCUUGACUCGUACGGGAAGCGCGGUGUCUGUGGCCCUGCACUCGUGCCCAAGAUGACGGAGAAGAACAUCAUUUGGUCUUCCUCUCAACAAACGCUGCUGGACGGAUGGUUUCCGUGGCUCUUCGUCGAGCCGCUUGGCCGAUGCGACGACGUCUCGCAGGGCUACAUACGUCUCCUCAGCACAAUGCGCACCAGCCUCGCCAUGUACUCUCGCCUCUACAAGCAGGCGGUUGAAGCCCAGUCUGCAUGGUGCACUCCCCGCACGGAAGCAACGUGCAUCGUGUACGGUCUCCAGACAAUCGGUGUCACCUGGCACAUGUUCACCAUGGCCGAGGACGAUGGCCAAUUUGCGACGGCCAUCCUCCGCCAGAUCGGUACCGAAGCCAAGCCACGCCUUCGCUCUAUCCGCGACUGGUUGACCUGUAUUCUUGUCGAUCACAAGGUCGUGGCACCUGCUGCUCCUAUUCCUUCAGGUGUCGCUCAUCUCAAUCUCCCCUCAGGCAUCCCCAUCCCCGAUACCACAUCAGGUGUCGCUCAUCUCAAUCUCCCCUCAGGCAUCCCCAUCCCCGAUACCACACAAACAACCCAUGCCGUCUUAACCACGCCUCCUUGUCUGGAUCCACACCCAGCCACGCAGCUAUCGCCUUGCAACCCGUCUCCUCAGCCGUCCUGGAAUCCCUGGGUCGAACCUUUCCAGCCGUCGAGAUCCAACUCCCUCUCUACUUUGUCCUCUGCGCUCCCGCAUGAGCCAACAACCCCUGACCAGGCGGUUGAGCAAAUCUUCGCGCCAGCGCCUCGCCCGCUUCCUCUCUCGAUAGAUACGUGGCGAAACCUUUCGACUCCGUACCAGUUCGGGCGUCCCACACCGCCACCGUUCAACUACGCCGCCGCGUACGAGUACUCAUGGCCGCUGCCCAGCGAGAGUUCCGCGGCCCGAGCCGGAGGAUUCGGCACGGCGUACUCGUCGUGGACUUUCCCCCGCCACAUCCCGACUGCGGCCAUCGUUCCGAUGAAGCGAGCGGCGUCGGGCCCCAUGCCCGAGGGUCAGGCGAGAGCUUUCCGUCCCAGAGCCCUCCUCCACUCGCCGGGCGCGUCGCGCGGUUCGUCUACGCUUGGUGUGGAUCGCAUCUCUACCCCUCCCCCUACCCUCCUUUCCACCGCCAGGGCUUACUAA